AUGUCGGGGCGCGGGGCCCGCGGCCCCGGCUGGGGACUGCUGCUGGCACUGGCGCUGGCGUUGAGCCGGCUGCCGCGGACCAGGGGCAUCGAGGAGGAGCCCAGCGGCGCGAGCCAGGGCUUCCAGGUGGUCACCUUCGAAUGGCACCACGUCCAGGACCCGUACAUCAUCGCGCUCUGGAUCCUCGUGGCCAGCUUGGCCAAGAUCGUGUUCCACCUGUCCCACAAGAUCACCAGCGUGGUCCCCGAGAGCGCCCUGCUCAUCGUCCUGGGCCUGGUGCUGGGCGGCAUCGUCUGGGCGGCCGACCACAUCGCCUCCUUCGCGCUCACGCCCACCGUCUUCUUCUUCUACCUGCUGCCGCCCAUCGUGCUGGACGCCGGCUACUUCAUGCCCAACCGGCUCUUCUUCGGCAACCUGGGCACCAUCCUGCUCUACGCCGUGGUCGGCACCGUGUGGAACGCGGCCACCACCGGCCUGUCCCUCUACGGCGUCUUCCUCAGCGGGCUGAUGGGCGAGCUGCAGGCCGGGCUGCUGGACUUCCUCCUGUUCGGCAGCCUCAUUGCGGCGGUGGACCCGGUGGCCGUCCUGGCGGUGUUUGAGGAGGUCCAUGUCAACGAGGUGCUGUUCAUCAUCGUCUUCGGGGAGUCGCUGCUGAACGACGCCGUCACCGUGGUCCUGUACGACGUGUUCACAUCUUUCGUGGCGCUGGGAGGUGACCAGGUGACCGGCGUGGACUGCGUGAAGGGCAUAGUGUCCUUCUUCGUGGUCAGCCUGGGGGGCACGCUGAUGGGGGUGGCCUUCGCCUUCCUGCUGUCGCUGGUGACCCGCUUCACCAAGCACGUGCGCAUCAUCGAGCCCGGCUUCGUCUUCGUCAUCUCCUACCUGUCCUACCUGACGUCGGAGAUGCUGUCCCUGUCAGCCAUCCUGGCCAUCACCUUCUGCGGCAUCUGCUGCCAGAAGUACGUGAAGGCCAACAUCUCCGAGCAGUCGGCCACCACCGUGCGCUACAUGAUGAAGCUGCUGGCCAGCAGCGCCGAGACCAUCAUCUUCAUGUUCCUGGGCAUCUCGGCCGUGGACCCCCUCAUCUGGACGUGGAACACGGCCUUCAUCCUCCUGACGCUGGUCUUCAUCUCCGUGUACCGGGCCAUCGGCGUCGUCCUCCAGACCUGGGUCCUGAACCGCUACCGCAUGGUGCAGCUGGAGCUCAUAGACCAGGUGGUCUUGUCCUACGGCGGCCUGCGCGGGGCCGUGGCCUACGCGCUCGUCGCGCUCCUGGACGAGACGCAGGUCAAGGAGAAGAACCUGUUCGUCAGCACCACCAUCAUCGUCAUCUUCUUCACCGUCAUCCUCCAGGGCCUGACCAUCAAGCCCCUGGUGCAGUGGCUGAAGGUGAAGAAGAGUGAGGAAAGGCAGCCCAAGCUCAACGAGAAGCUGCAUGGCCGGGCCUUCGACCACAUCCUCUCGGCCAUCGAGGACAUAUCGGGGCAGAUUGGGCACAACUACCUCAGAGAUAAGUGGUCCAAUUUCGACAGGAAGUUCCUCAGCAGAGUCCUCAUGCGACAGUCGGCUCAGAAGUCCCGGGACCGGAUCCUGAACGUCUUCCACGAGCUAAACCUGAAGGACGCCAUCAGCUACGUGGCUGAGGGCGAGCGCCGCGGGUCCUUGGCCUUUAUCCGCUCCCCGAGCACCGACAACAUGGUCAACGUGGACUUCAGCACGCCACGCCCGUCCACCGUGGAGGCCUCCGUCUCCUACCUGCUGAGGGAGAACGUCAGCGCGGUGCGUCUGGACAUGCAGUCCCUGGAGCAGCGGCGGCGCAGCAUCCGAGACACGGAGGACAUGGUCACCCACCACACGCUGCAGCAGUACCUGUACAAGCCGCGGCAGGAGUACAAGCACCUCUACAGCCGGCACGAGCUGACUCCCACCGAGGACGAGAAGCAGGACAAGGAGAUCUUCCACAGGACCAUGCGGAAGCGCCUGGAGUCCUUCAAGUCGGCCAAGCUGGGCAUAAACCAGAACAAGAAGGCGGCCAAGCUGUACAAGCGGGAGCGCGCCCAGAAACGGCGGAACAGCAGCAUUCCCAACGGGAAGCUGCCCACCGAGAGCCCCGCGCACACCUUCGCCAUCAAGGAGAAAGAUCUGGAACUUUCGGACCCUGAGGAAGCCCCCGACGAUGCCGAGGAGACCAGUGGGGGCAUCGAGUUCCUGGCGAAUGUCACCAAGGACGCCGCAUCGGACUCCCCGGCAGGAAUUGACAACCCUGUGUUUUCUCCGGACGAGGACCUGGACCAGAGCAUCCUGGCCAGGGUGCCACCGUGGCUGUCUCCCGGGGAGACGGUGGUGCCCUCCCAGAGGGCCCGCGUGCAGAUCCCCCACUCUCCCGACAACUUCCGCCGCCUGUCGCCCUUCCGCCUGAGCAACAAGUCGGUGGACUCCCUCCUGCUGGCCGAAGGCUCCGAGGAGCGGCCCCACGCGGCGCCCCCCGAGUCCACGCACAUGUAAUGGCCUAACACUGCUCUCUCUCAGCU